UGGGUGCAGCAGGGCGUGUGUGGCAGGUGGAGGAGUGUUGUGGCAGCUCCUCCCUCCAGCCCGUCUCUGCGCCUCCUAGUCCUCCUCCGCUGUGGGAUUAUAAAGAGCAGGGCAGGAGCAGGGGAGUGCACCACAGUUGCUCUCUCCUCGUCUCUUCUUCUCCAGGUUCUCCUCUCCAACAGCAGCCAUGACCAGCUUCAGUAGCUACGGCGGUGGAAAUGUCAGAAGUUCCAGGAGUGUGUACGGCGCCCCCGGCGGUAUGAGGGUCUCCACGAGCUCAAUGGGCGGCGGUGGCAGCUAUGGGUUCGGCUCCGGAGGCGCUGGAGGCUACGGCAGCGGUAGCGGCUUCGGUGGUGGCGGCGGCUUCGGUGGCGGCGGCGGCUUCGGUGGCGGCGGCGGCUUCGGUGGCGGCGGCUUCGGGGGAGGAGGAGGAGGCGGAGGAGGAGAUAGCUUCGACGUUAGCGCCAACGAGAAGGCCACCAUGCAGAACCUGAACGACCGCCUGGCCACCUACCUGGAAAAGGUGCGCUCCCUGGAGAAGGCCAACGCCGAGCUGGAGCUGAGGAUCCGACAGUUCCUGGAGAACAAAACCUCUCCCGGAUCCCGAGACUACUCCGCCUUCUUCGUCACCAUCGCCGACCUGCACAACAAGAUCCAGGGCGCCACGUGUGUCAACGGAAGCAUCUACCUGGCCAUCGACAACGCCAAGCUGGCGGCGGACGACUUCAAGACAAAGUGGGAGAACGAGCUGAGCAUGCGGCAGUCGGUGGAGGCGGAUAUCGCCGGACUCAAGAGGCUGCUGGACGAGCUGACUUUGGCCAGGUCAGACCUGGAGAUGCAGAUUGAAGGGCUGAAGGAGGAGCUGAUCUUCCUGAAGAAGAACCAUGAGGAGGAGAUGCUCGGCCAGCGGCAGCAGAUGACGGGCCAGGUGAACGUGGAGGUGGACGCGGGGCCGACGCAGGACCUGAACGCCGUCCUGUCAGAAAUCCGCGAGCAGUACGAACAGGCAUCGGCCAAGAACAAGAAGGAACUGGACGCCUGGUUCCAAGAGAAGGCGGCGACGGUCAACAAGGAGGUCGCAGUGAGCACAGAAACCAUCAACACGUCCAAAACGGAGCUCUCAGACCUCAACCGCCUGCUGCAGUCCCUGCAGAUAGAGCUCCAAUCACAACUCAGCAUGAAAGGGUCACUCGAGGGCACCCUGCAGGAGACGGAGAACCGGUACUCAGGUCAGCUGCACGGCUUCCAGUGCCAGGUGACCAGCCUGGAGGAGCAGCUGGUCAACCUGCGCGGUGACAUCGACCGCCAGGGCCAGGAGUACCAGAUGCUGCUGGACGCCAAGACGCGCCUGGAGAUGGAGAUCGCAGAGUACCGCAGACUGCUGGACGGGGGUGCCAGCACUGGCAGCAGCUCCAGCUCCAGCACCACUACCAAGACCACCUACCGCGUGGUCACAGAGGAGUACGUCGACGGAAAGUUGGUGAUCUAAGUCGGCUGAACCCACCAGUAAGGAGAGCCCUCUCGACCGCUGGCAGAGCACCAGGCGAGGCCAACAGCUCCCCCCUACACACCCAGGAACCAGAGGCCAACAGCUCCCCCCUACACACCCAGGAACCAGAGGCCAACACCUCCCCCCUACACAUCCAGGAACCAGAGGCCAACACCUCCAAACUACACAUCCAGGGACUCCCCUCUCCUACACACCCAGGAAUCAAAGACCCACAGCUGUUGUGUCGUGCCCGCUGUAUUUGGAUCCAAUCAAAAUAAUAAAGAGUGCUCUACCUUGCUGACUAAAA